GCGGCGGGGCCGGCGGGAGGACGCGCGGCGCACCCGGCGGACGCCGCAGGUCCCAUGCCGCGCCGCGACCCCCGCGCCCCUGCCGCGGCCGCCCCCCGCCGCCCGGAGCCCCGGGCUCGCCGCCCCGCGCCCGCGCCUCCCUCAAGGGGUCCCCGAGCGAUGCCCGCUGGGCGCCCGCGAAAGUUUGCCGGCUGCGCUGAAGGGCAGCGGCGCCCCCGCGCCCGCUCCGGCCAGGAGCCUUCACGUAAAUGGGUCCAGUCAUGCCUCCCAGUAAGAAGCCAGCAAGCUCAGGAAUUAGCGUGCCCAGCGGACUGAGCCAGUGUUACCGGGGCAGCAGUUUCCCCAAGGCUCUGCAGGAGGAUCAUGACUUGGACUUCUCGCUCCCCGACCUCAGGCACGAAGAGGGGGCCAUGGAGGAUGAGGAGCUGACCAACCUGAACUGGCUGCACGAGAGCAAGAACCUGCUCAAGAGCUUCGGGGAGUCGGUCCUCAGGAGUGUGAGCCCCGUCCAGGACCUGGACGACGACACGUACCCGUCCCCCGCCCGCUCGGACAUGCCCUAUGAUGCCAGGCAGAACCCCAACUGCAAGCCGCCCUACUCCUUCAGCUGCCUCAUCUUCAUGGCCAUCGAGGACUCCCCGACCAAGCGCCUGCCAGUGAAGGAUAUUUACAACUGGAUCUUGGAACAUUUUCCCUAUUUUGCAAAUGCUCCCACUGGGUGGAAAAACUCAGUGAGACACAAUUUGUCAUUGAAUAAGUGUUUUAAGAAAGUGGACAAGGAGAGGAGUCAGGUAAGCCCUCUGGAGGCGUCCAGAACUCGAGUUUGCUUUGGUUUUGUUUUUGGUUUUUGGUAAU